AUGAUACAUUAUCGCAACAUCCUUCAGUUGGCCCUUCGCCAGACUUCGAUACAAGCACGAAGCUGUUGGCGACCAGCGGUCCGAAGCGUCAGCACCGCGGCACAACCAAAUACCUCACGAGAACCAUCGCGUUGGACGCGCCGUCUGAUCUAUACUGGCAUCUUUGGGACACUUGGCGUCGGUGCAGGGAAAUGGCUGGACAACAAAAUCGCAACGCCACCGGCUCCUGGGUCAUUAGAAGACCAACUGGAGAUUCAGGAAGUCCAGCGCGUGUUCGAUAUUGGACUCCCCAUUGUGCAGGAACUGCGUCGUAACCCCGAUUACGUGGAAAAGGACGUCUACGAAAACUUUUCGGAUGAGCACAAAACCCAUCGGCUGACAUCAGGCCCCAUGGCGGGGAGUAGGGGCUUGGGAUUACAGAAAGUUUUCUGGAACGACAAAGAGAAGAAACUCAUUAGCGUGGUCUUCUUGGGACCAGGCCUCGAAGGCUGGCCAACCAUGGUCCAUGGGGGUGCGCUCGGCACUGUGAUCGAUGAGAACCUAGGGCGCGCAGCCAUUCGGCAUUUCCCAGCGCGAACAGGUGUUACUGCCAACCUUGAACUCAACUACCGAGCGCCGGUCCACUCGGACAAUUUCUACACCCUGCAUACAACCCUAGAUCAGGAACGGAGCACGGAGACCAAAGCAUACGCCAAGUGUGAGGUCCGUGACAUGGCGGGCCGACUAUGUGUUGAAGCGACGGGACUUUUCGUUGUUCCCAAAAGACUCAAGCUGAACAAGGUUGGGGAAUAUUUCUGA